UUAAUAAAGGAAGAAUAUGAAGUUAUAAAAUCCAUAUAUGAAGGAGACACAAAAUUCACAGAAGUCAAUCCUACAACUUUUAGUUAUAAGUUUGACAGUGAAUCAAGUCAGAAAUCAUUCCUAGUAGAAUUUCAUUGGUUAGAAAAUUAUCCUGAAGUGCCUCCCGACAUAAACCUUGAAUUUUUCUGUAAUAAAUUUUUGUGUAAGAAAACUAAAAACAAGAUCAAAGAAUUUGUGCAUGAUCAAGCUGAACCUAUGUUAAACUCUGCGAUGUUGUACACAAUUAUAGAAGCAAUCAAAGAGAAAGUUGAUACACUUUUAGAAAAAAAUGAUCAAGAUGCGUCUGAUGAUAAUGAGGUGUUAACAUUAGAUGAAUUGAACAUAGAAGGGGCAGUUGCAGACACAUCAACAGCAUCUUGUUCUGUCAGACAAAAAGAAAAGAAAGAAAAACUAACAAAAGCACAGAAGAGGAGACUUUUAAACAGACAGGACAAAGGAGAGCUGCCCAGGGGAUGGAAUUGGGUUGAUAUCAUCAGUCAUCUUUCAUCAACUUCAUCAAAAGACUCCUAG